UAUCAAAUACGAAAAGUGUGUUCAAAAAAAGUAUUUUUUAAAUAAAAUUUUAAAAUGACACUAAAAAAAUUCAUGCGUGGUAGAAAAAUUACGAAGAAAUCUGACAACGUGGUUUUAAAAAUGGUUUCCUGACAUACGUCAACCGAUUGUUACAUUUUAAGGAUAAUGGGAAGAAGGAGCAGGUCGAGGUCGCCGCGAAGACGGGAGCGAGACAGAGAACGAGAUCGGGACGUGCGCGACCGAGACAGGGAUCGAUCCAGAUCGCGCGAGCAGCGCUUCCGAAGAAAAAGGUCGCGCGAUCGAACCGAUCGCAGCGAUAGGGAUCGCCGACGACAUUCACGCGAUGAUAGAAGGUAUUCCCGUUCAAGAUCUCGCUCGCCAGCCGCGCGCAGCUCCCAUCGUGUCGCCGAACGGCCCGAAGUCUCGGAAGUGGAACUACAGGGCAAGUCACCAGAUGAGCAAGAGAUGAUGAAAAUGAUGGGUUUCUGCACGUUCGACACCACCAAAGGUAAAAAGGUGGAUGGCAACGAUGUGGGCAACGUGCACGUCAUCCUCAAGCGCAAAUACCGGCAGUACAUGAACCGCAAGGGCGGUUUCAAUAGACCACUUGACUUUGUUGCUUGAUGGGCUCAGUUUUGCUUGAGAAUACGGGUUGACACUCAAAGCAGGAUAUUUUACCUCAAUUUUGUAUUUUGCUGAAUCAAAUGGGCAUCACAGGAUGACUUGUUGUUGAAAAUGUUUACUUUGACAACAGGCAGCAGCACUUUGCUCCACUAGGAGCAGAUGACUUGAGAAUAUUUCUAUUUGUUAAUGAUAUCUUUACACUCACACUCCACACAACCUCAAUAGUAAUCAGGAUUAUUGGCAUACACAGCAGGUAUUAAGGCAUUACUGUUUCAAUAUCAUUGAAAAAUUUACCUCACAAUUUUUACUUGUAUUACCUCUUAAGUAUAAGCAUAAGUAUUUAUAAUAAGUGACUUUUGUAAAUAAAUAUUGAGCAGUUUUA